AUAUAUUCGAAACUUGAUACCUGAAUAAAGUACAAAGAAGAUCAUCUCCACCUAGUUAGUGCAAAGCAUAAAUUCAGUGGCUAGGUUACCCCAAUAGCUCGCGCCAUGCAAAAACACACAAACUUUACUCACCUUUUCUUCCGUCCUUUCGUCCUCUUGUUUCUUCGGGCAACUCCCCAAGUACACUACUAGAUUUCCAAACAUCCCAUAACUGUCGUUGACGUACCUCCUUUCAACCGUCAAGCUGGUAGGAUUCGAUGAGCAGCAACGAGAGGCACCCUGGAGAAGUGAGAGUUCCGAUUCAUGAGAUAGAGCACUCGGCUUUCAUCAGAGACGAGAGAACGAAAUUGAAAUCAGCCUUGCGUGAAGCCCAAAAACAAGAAAGCGAUUCAUCUCAAAGAGCCAAACCGCUAAUACAAAGAGUUCCGCCCGUCCUGAUCGGUAUCAAGGAAGAUUUUAAGAAAUAUUUUGAACCAAGGCUGGUAGCCCUCGGCCCUUUGCAUCAUGGUAAGCCGCAUUUCGAGCGGGCAGAGCACACCAAGCGUAAACUUGCAGGUCUCUUCGCAAACGAGAACGAAACAACUGAUGAAGUUCUAUUCAAUAAGAUUAUGGCAGAGAUAAAGGAUCUGAAGCAGUGUUACAAUCCGGAGGACAUAAAAGAUUACGACGAUGAGAAGCUAGCUUGGAUGUUCUUCGUGGACGGUUGUGCGGUGUUGUUUGCUGUACACUACGGUUUACAAGGCGACUUUAAGAAGUUGAACAUUAAAGCAGAUCUUCUGGUAUUUGCGCAACUUGAUUUGUUCUUGCUAGAAAACCAACUUCCUUACCGGGUUCUCAACAUAUUGAUUGGCUCAACGAAAGACCCCCAAAUGUGGGAGCAAUCAAUCACAAAAUUCGUCGGCAACAACCUCAUAACAAAUAUACCGGAUGGGAAGAAGAGCCAACACACAGACGAAGAAGAAAAGCAAGAGUACACUCAUCUUCUGGAGCGCUUGCGGACAAAACACUUGACGGGAAAGAAAGAGGAGAGUAGCAGUAGUAUGAUAGGUCGCUUGCUUCUGUCCUGCGGAGACAACCGAAAGCACAGGAAGACAUUUCGUAGCGUCAAGGAGCUUAAAGAAUCGGGGAUUGGUGUUGGACCUAGCGAGACAAACAACCUGAAAAACAUUUCCUUCUAUUGCAACUUUCUGGGAAGCCUAAAGAUGCCACGCAUCCUGGUGGAUGACUCAACAGCUUCCAAGUUCUUGAACUUGGUAGCUUUAGAAAUGUGUCGAGAUUUUGAGAAUGAUUUUGCGGUCACCUCUUACUUAUACUUCCUUGAUUCUCUCAUUGACACAGCAGAAGAUGUUAAGGAAAUGCGAGUUACAGGUAUGCUCCACAAUUACUUGGGCAGCGAUGAAGAAGUGGCUGAUCUUUUCAACAAAUUGAGCCGGGACUUGGUGCCAGAUCAGGCGAUGUACAAGGAUGUUACGGACAAUAUCCACAAGUACUGCAACAAUCCCUGGACGACCGCAAUGGCUCAAGCCUAUUACACCCAUUUUAGUAGCCCAUGGACGUUCCUCGGCCUUUUGGCUGCGCUACUUGGGCUUCUUUUCUCCGCUAUUCAGGCUUAUUACGCGUUUCCAAAUCACAAACGAAGUGAUUAAACUCCCUUAUGCGAGUCUUUCAGAGUUUCUUUUGAUUACACUACGUUUUUAUGUAUCCAUGAAAUGCUUUGCUAUUCUUUUCCCAGCUUCGUGUGACUGUGAGCAGCCAAUAAAGAAAUUGCAAAUGUAGGAUUCUGAGUUUUAUAAGUAAUAAAACUGACUUCUUUUAAAUCUUUA